AUGCCGCAAUAUCGCAUUGAGAUUUCGCCCAACAACAGGGCAGGCUGCAAAGACGCGGUGUGCAGCAAGGACAAGGUCAAGAUCCUCAAGGGCGAGAUACGAUUCGGCACUUGGGUGGAGAUCCAAGACCACGGGAGCUGGGCGUGGAAGCACUGGGGGUGCGUCUCGGGCUCGCAGCUCCAGAAUCUACGCGACGAAUGCGACAAGGGCGACGACGGGUGGGACUUUGACGCGAUUGACGGAUACGACGAGUUGGGCGAUCCAAAGGUUCGGGAAAAGGUCCAGCGAUGCGUGAGGCAGGCCCACGUUGAUGCCGAGGACUUCAAAGGCGACCCCGAGAAGAACCUCCCCGGCGAAAAGGGCAUCCGCCUGACCGCGAAGCAGAGGGCUGCCAAGGAGGCAGCGGAAGAAGACGAGUCUGACGGCGCCAAGCCCACGAAGAAGAAGAAGACAGCGGCGAAGCGCGCGCGCAAAAGCGGCGACGGCGACGGCGACGCCGACAGCGAAGAGGACGAUCGCAAGGCGAAGAAGACCAAGGCGGCCGCCAAAGCGCCGCCCAAGCCGGCAGCCUCCAAGGCCCGCGGGAAAGGGGCGCCUGUAAAGGACGAGGACGAGACUGAGGAGGAGGAAGCGGAGGAAGCGGAGGAGGAAGCUGCGCCGAAAGCGUCCAAGAAGACGGCCAAGGCGAGGGCUGGCCCUGACGCAAAGGGCUCGUCCAAGCCGGGGCGCAGGCCGGCCAAGAAGAUGGUGGCCGAAGAGGAGUCUGCCGACGAGAAGCCGGCAGGGAAGCGUCAAGGUCGUCGCACCGGCCGUUCGAGCAGAGGCCGGGCCUGA